AAUCAGGCUAUACGCUAGCCUAUGACGUAUUUCCGGCGAACGAAAAGGCCUCGCUCACGUCCUUGAUCAGCGCGAACCACAGCAUCUGACGGACGCAAGACACUCUUUUGCGCGGAAAAAUGGUGGCUUACUGGAGACAAGCGGGUCUGAGUUACAUCAGGUACUCCGCUAUCUGCGCCAGGGUCGUGCGGGCAGCACUGAAGCCACAGCUGAAAACUGAGGCGAUUAAAAACGCAGAAUCCAGUGUGAAGGUCACUAAAGUGAAGACUGUAUAAUGAUCUGUAAUUACACACUUCAAUCCCCACUUCUCCACAUACACUCUGUCGGAUUUACAACAAUACCUGCAGUUAUGAUUGAAUGAAAAUAGCUGUAUUCUUUUGAUAAUAAAUUAUGAAGAGUCUCAAACUAAAA